AUGGAGUCUGGUGUCACAUCAGAGGCAUCAGAUUCUAGUGAAAUGAAGAAAUCAAACAAAACAAGAGCAGUUGAAGUGUCUGGAUGUGGAAGAGAAAAGGACACAACAGGCAAAGAUAUGUUGAGCAAACUGAGCAAAGUAGACUUGGCAGAACAAGAAUGGGUCAAUAAGAUUCUAGAAUGUCCUGUUUUCUGCCCAUCAGAGCAGGAGUUUGAGGAUCCUUUAGUUUAUCUGCAGAAGAUUGUUCCUCAGGCACAAAAAUACGGAAUAUGCAAAAUUGUUUCUCCUCUAAAUGCCUCUAUUCCAGCUGCUGUUGUCUUAACGAAAGAGAGAGAAAAUUUCAAGUUUGAAACUAUUGUACAACCUCUUCGGUUUUCUGAAUUAAAUGAGGACAAUGAAACAACCUAUUCUUUCAGAGGCAGAAAAUACACUUACCGUGAUUUCGAGACUUUGGCAAACAAGGCCUUUCUCAGUAGGUUUUACAGUUCAGGAAAUCUUCCUUCUUCAUAUGUGGAAAAGUUAUUCUGGCAUGAGAUGGAGCAUGGAGAGACGGGAACAGUUGAGUAUGGAGUCAAUGUUGAAGGUAGUGCUUUUUCAUGUGAUCCUAAUGACAAGCUUGCAAAAAGCAAAUGGAAUUUGAAGAAUUUCUCGCGGCUGCAGAAAUCUACACUGCGGUUCAUUGACCGAGACAUUCCAGGAAUAACUGACCCUAUGCUUUAUAUUGGAAUGCUAUUCAGUAUGUUUGCAUGGCAUGUAGAAGAUCACUAUUUGUACAGCAUUAACUACCAUCACUCAGGAGCAAACAAAACUUGGUAUGGCGUUCCCAGCUGUGCGGCCUCUCAAUUUGAAGAGGUUGCCUUGGAUCAGGUGUUCCACUAUAAGAUUUUAUCAAAACAUGAUGGAAAGGCUGGUGCCUUUGAAGCUCUUUCUCAUAAAACAACCAUGUUUUCUCCAAAUGUGUUGCUCCAGCAUGGUGUGCCAGUUUAUAAGGCUGUGCAGAAGCCUGGGGAGUUUGUCAUCACCUUUCCUAAAGCAUAUCAUGCUGGAUUUAGUCAUGGAUUCAACUGUGGAGAAGCAGUAAACUUUGCAGUGAGUGAUUGGUUUCCAUUAGGGGCUGAAGCUACAAGGCGUUAUGCACAUCUUGGAAAGAUGCCUAUGAUUCCCUUUGAGGAACUUCUUUGUAAUGAGGCAAUGCUAAUUUACAAGGCCCCAAAUCUCAAAGGUUCAAAUAACAAACUCAAUUUGGAAUCCGACCAUGCUACUAAGCUAUCUUUUAUGCAGCUCAUGCGAUUUUACGACGAGGCUCUUUCAAGACUGGAGAGUUCAAUAAAGUAUUCAAGUUCUUCAAAUUUUCUUGGUACUGUGGUAUGCAGCCUCUGCUGUAGAGACUGUUAUGUGGCUUUCUUUCUCUGCAAGUACUGCUUUACUCAUCCCAUUUGUAUUUCCCAUGAUGAAAUUGAGACUCAGAAUUGCAAAUGCGGCAGGCAAUGCACACUUUUCAAGAGAGAUGAAAUGUUGGCACUGAUGGAUGCUGCCACAAGUUUUGACCUGGAAAAAGACAUUUUGUUGGAAGUUCAAAGACAUAGUGGAGCAAAUAUACUGUCACAGGCAUUCUUUUACACUGACUAA